AUGGCGCGGCUGAUCGACGACGUCACCGCCGAGAUCCUCCUCCGCCUCCCGCCGGACGAUCCGGAGCACCUCUUCCGCGCGGCCCUCGUCUGCAAGCCGUGGCUCCGCAUUCUCUGCGACCCGGGCUUCCUCCGCCGCUACCGCGCCUUCCACGGCGCCCCUCCCCUCCUCGGCCUCCUCCACAGGCUCAGGGUGAUCGACGGGGACGCGCCCGCCCGCUUCGCCGCCACCACGUCGGUGCCGGAUUUCCCCCACCCGAGCUCCGACUGCCGCCGCACGCGCGCCCUCGACUGCCGCCACGGCCGCGUCCUCGUCCGCAUGCUGGAGCACGAGGACAUGGACUACCUCGUCUGGGACCCUAUCACGGGCGACCGCCACGCCGUCCCCGCCCCGGACAUCGAGUGGCUCAUCGAGUCCGCGGCAGUGCUCUGCGCCGCCGAGGGCUGCGACCACCUCGACUGCCACGGCGGCCCCUUCCGCGUGCUCUUCGCCGCCACCCACGACUACGAGGACACCAUAUGCGCGAGCGUCUACUCGUCGGAGACGGGGGCAUGGACCGAGCCGGUGUGUCUCGACAACAGUUGUGAAACCUUUGCAAAGCACAUGCGAGAGGGAGAAGCAUAUAGACGCUGCUACACACCCUAUCUCCACCCUAAGCGAGGCACCCUUGUCGGAGAUGCAGUCUACUUCACAGUUCGGCUGGGUAAUGCAAUCGUCAAGUAUGACUUGGGCAGGAACAGCUUAUCCAUGAUUGACCCGCCGCCGCACACCAUGUAUUACAUUGCCCUCAUGGCGAUGGAGGAGAACAGUUCACUUGGCUUUGCCUACAUUAAGGAUUCCAGCCUCUAUAUGUGGUCAAUGGAUAUGGAAGGACCUGCGGAAUGGGUGCAAUACAGGGUCAUCGAACUGGAGAAAACGGUGCCUGUUGCCAAACAAGAUGAGAAACCAUUUGUUGUUGGGUCUGCAGAGGGUGUGGGUGUCAUCUUCGUAUGCACAGGUGCUGGCUUAUUUAUGAUCAAGCUCAGCUCUGGGCAGCUUAAGAAGGUUGAUGAGCCUGGGGUCUACUUUAGCGUCCUACCCUACAUGAGCUUCUACCCUCCAGAUUGUGGCAGAAUGUUGUCAAUCGCUGGCGAGGACAAACUGAUCUCUUAA